ACACAGGAAAUCUCUCCAUGCAAUGCCUGUAUGUAGGACAGAAAUCUUUAAAACAUCGCUUUUAUUUUGAGACAGUAACGUUAACUGUUAGCAGGCUGAGAGGUCGAGGCGAUGUGUUUAUUGCUCGGUGCAACUGGAGUCGGAAAAACGCUUUUACUGAAACGACUACAGAAGUUGUGUCAGUUGGACGCGCAUGCGGAUUUGGGUGAAGCGCCCGUCACUCUUCCCACGGUCGGUACCAACCUCACGGACCUCAUAUUUCGGAGGAAGAAAAUAACAAUACGAGAGUUGGGAGGCUGUAUGGGGCCCAUUUGGCCAAAAUACUACUUAGAUUGUACAUCCGUUAUAUUUGUGGUGGACUGUGGCAACAUUGGCCAGAUUUCAUCGUCCUGCGUCCAGCUGCUGUCUGUUCUCUCUGCGGAGCCGCUUCACGCUGCCGCUGUGCUCAUACUCUUCAACAAGAGGGAUCUUCCGUGCACCAUGUCUCUUGUGGAGCUGAAGUCGUUGUUCAGGAUGGAUGACAUCAUUCGAACUGCGCCUCAGUCAAUCACAACACUAGAGAUCAGUGGGCGCUCGGGACAGGGCCUUCAGGAUGUGCUCGACUGGCUGUUUCUAAACCGCUCUGAGACAUGAGAGAUGUGGAUGCAGAGAACUGGGGGGCUAAUAUUAUAUCACAGGUCACAGUUAAUAGUUGUGAUUUCCAGUCAUCGCGGUGCUGCUGUGAUACAGUUGCUCUAAUAAGUCCCACGUCAGUCACAAACAUUCAUUUGAGGAACAGCUUCAAUGUAGAACCGGCGGGCUUUUGACGACUCUCGUGUGACGUCCUGUGCUCUGUGGAAUAGAUUCUUUUCUACACAAUGAAAGCAUAUUGUAAUCAUGAUCCAAAGUGGUCAAAACACAACUAUUAAACGCUUGGAUUAUUCCCUCCACUGUAAGCUCUCAAAUCCAAUGUGUUCCACAGGAGAAAUAACUUGAAAUGUAGUGAAUGCAACCUAGGAUCAGUGGUGUGUGACUUAUUUAAAGUCCCCCUGUAGUCAAUCAUUUUAAAACUCCAAAAAUCACCAAAA